GUCUUGAUCCAUCUCCGUUGAUGUCGAUCACGGCAGUUGUGCCUAUACACUUGCCGUUUGCUUGCCUCUCAAGAACAUUCUUAAGCCUCUUCAUUACCCAUACUCAGACUACCUCACGAGGAAAGGGUUAGAAAGAUACAGAACAGUGCUACAUACAGUGUCCAUUCCGCUGUACCACAUCUUCAUCAUGUCUGCGGAGAUCUCACACGCUCCUCAAUCUGAUCUCGAUCCCGAGAAACAGGUUGAGGAGACUGUCAUCCACCUCGAAGAUGCACUGGCAACCCUUCAAAUUGAUCCCAAGGACGCCGACGAGGCAUUCACCUUCUUGAGGGACCACCCGAAUGCCGAUGGCGUUACUCAAGAAGCCAUCUCCAUCCUGGCCGAUGACGCCAAAGCCAAAAAACUCCUCAGGAAGAUCGACUGGGCUAUUCUUCCAUGUAUGAUUGCAACUUAUUUCCUACAGUUCCUUGACAAGACUACAAUCGGCUACACCGCAGUCAUGGGCCUCCGAGAAGACACCAAUCUCAAGGGUCAGGAUUAUUCCAACGUGGCCAUGAUAUUCUACAUUGGCUACUUAGCCGCGGAAUUCCCUACACAGUAUCUCUCACAACGCAUUUCGAGACUUGGGAAAUAUCUCGGAGCCAACAUCAUGUGCUGGGGCGCUGUCCUAGCUGCACAUGCCACUUGUCAGAAUUACGCUGGUCUGAUGAUCUGUCGCACAAUUCUGGGUAUCUUUGAAGCAUGCGUCACACCGACACUUGUUCUUGUUGUAGCCAUGUGGUACAAAAAGUCCGAGCAGGGACGAAGGAUCUCCUAUGUCUACGUUUGCAACAGUUUGACUUCCAUCUUUGCUGGUCUGGUAUCUUAUGGAGCCUCAUUUUCUGACAACGGCCAUCUUGCAAGCUGGCGAAUCUUUCUUCUCACCAUUGGAUUAGCCACUGUCGCCAUUGGAUUUGUCGUUUUUCUCUAUCUGCCGGAUUCACCGGUCAAAGCCAGACGUUUCACAGAUGCUGAAAAGGUCGCAACCUUGCUCCGUGUCAAAGACAACCAGUCCGGUACCCAAAACUCCAAGAUCAAGACAGACCAACUACGGCUGGUGUUCAAGGACCCGGGCGUUUGGUUGAUUGCUGUAAGCGUGGUAUGCUUGAGCGUGCCUACUGCUAUCCCCAACUUUUCCAGCAUCUUGUUGACUACCUUCGGGUACACUCCCCGAGAAGCACUGAUUCUAAACAUCCCCGGAGGUGUCGUUGGUGCCAUCUCCACAAUUUUGGUUGGAUGGUUGAGCGACCGAUGGAACGAUCGAAGUUCGGUCAUGAUUGUCAGUAUACUUCCGACUAUUGCAGCGUUCGCCAUGAUGAUCGGCCUUGACCCUGGCGGUGUUCCAAAAAGCAAGGGAGCUCUCUUGUUUGCUUUGUAUCUGGCCAAUUCAUUCACUUCGGCUUUUAUGCUUCUCUUGGUCUGGAAUGCCUCCAAUCUAGGUGGACACACGAAGAAGGUCACGGUCAACGCCCUGACGCUGGUCUUAUAUUGUGCUGGCAAUAUCGCCGGUACUGAAAGCUUCAGAGCCGCAGAGGCUCCAGGGUACAUCAGUGGAAAGGCAGCUAUUAUGAGCACACUAUCUGCGCAGGUCUUUAUCUGUCUGCUGCUCAGGUAUCGGAAUGAUCGGCUGAACAAGAAAAACCGUGAGAAACUGGCUUCGAUGAGUGAGGAUGAGAAAGAGACAUUACGACAGCAAUUGGCUUAUGCAGACAAGACUGAUCGGGAGAACCCAUUCUUUGUGUACACACAUUGA